GAAAUGUUGUUCGAAAUGUUGUUUCUGUUGGUCAUAACGUAUUUUUGUAGUUUUCAAUUGGUUCAUUCGAAUUCCACUGAUCCGAUUCCCUUAAUCACGAAAUGCUCGCCAUUUGGCAAUUGUGAUGAACAUUAUCCCGUUGCGGGUUUUGCCAAGGUGAAUUGGUUCCAAGCGAAUCAUAUUUGUAAUAGUGCCGGCCUGGUCUUAGCCACUGUCAAUAAUUGGGAACAACAUUUGGACAUGCUCAGAAGUGUGGCCAAUACUGGAAAUAUUCUCGGUGAGAAACGCUUCUGGUUGGGUGCCACCAACAAGGGCAACAACAAAGGGCCACAUAGAGCCUGGACUUGGUUAAGCACUGGCAAACCCAUGACCUAUAAUCUUUGGGCUAAAAAGGAACCCCGAUCGGAAAGACUGGGCAAUGAUGCUUGCUUAUCUCUGGAUCUGGACAAACGUUGGCAUAGCGCCAAUUGUGCAAAUCAAUAUUAUUUUAUUUGUGAGAAAAUUUGUAUAACAGAUUCAAAUAGAUUUAGGGAAAAAAUCUAUCUAUGACUGUGGAAUUUUUUAUUAAAAUGAAAAAAACAACGAAA